AUAUAGAUUCAAGAUGGCGUCGUUGAAGAAGUCGGAAUACGUCCUAGAUGAGAUAGUUUACUUUUUAAGCAAUCCGUUUUUCCAGAUUCCGGUGCUUUCUUUUAUGGAAAGCAAAUGUCUAAGUAAGAAUGGAUUUUUUAGUACCUUUCUUAAAAUGCAUGAGUGUGUAAUCAUAAAUAAUGUCUGUGUUUUUCCAGGAAAAAGAUCCUGCCUCUUCUUUUUUUUUUUUUUUGUUGGGGUGUAAAAAAUAUAUUAAAGUGCCUAAAUUUGACUUAAUAAGCUUUGUAUUACUUUAUUUAAUUUUUNAAAAUAUAUUAAAGUGCCUAAACUUGACUUAAUAAGCUUAGUAGUACUUUAUUUAAUUUUUAUACAUAAAUUAACAUAUAAUUAUAUUGGCAUUUAAUUAUAUCAAGAUUUUAAUUUUAGUAAUUUGCCUUAUUAUAUACUAUACUAUAAUUAUAAUAAUAUAAAGAUUAUUUGAAAAUCGAUUACGCUUCAUCCCCAAAGAGAGAUACAUACCACAUUGAAGUACAAAAUGCAACAUUACAAAAACUACAUACGAGAAUACCCAUUCUAAGUCUUUCAUACCUUGCAACCAUAAACAACACAGGCCAAUAUACAUCUACAAGAUAAUAGCUAGAUAGACGACAUCACCCCAGCAGGUGUUUACGAAAUAAUAAGUCUUCAAAUCAGUUUUGAAAGACUCCAGGGUCUGGCUGUUUAUGAGAGCGACAGGAAGGGUGUUCCGAAUUGUUGGGCCAGCAAAUGCAAAAGUGCGUCCCUCAUAAGUCUCAAGGCGAACCCGUGGUAUCAAGAGUCCACCACUAUCAGAUGAGCAGGGUUAUACUAUAUACAACCAUUAAGGGGUGUCAUAGUCGAUUUAGACUGAUGCAACUAUAUAAUUUAAAUACAUAAUUUGUAAUCUAACUUCUAAACGCUAAGAGUAAGACUAAGGGCAGUAUCACUAUUGCUAAAGAGCAAUGGUCCAUAAAGGUUUUUAAAGUGGGAGACGGCACUACUAAAAUUAGGAGGAAAUAAGAAACAGUAACUUUUUAUUCUUAGUGCGCUUAUACUCAACUACCAAAGAAAGUCUAUUUUAAAAAGUUUUUAAAAAUAUUUUUUGGCAGGCAUGCAAUCAUAAAAAGCAUAUCAAAAUUAUACAUUGUAUGUCAAAAUCAUCAGAUUUACCAGGCCUGUCCCUCGCCUUUUCACAAAAUUUUGUCUCACUAACACUAUCUACAGUUUUUAUACUUUUUAUGACUUUCCACAUUUAUUUGUUUCGGCAACACAGUCACUCCUUUAGUCACAUCACUUACCUUUAUUGCCUCUUUGUUCUUUAGAAUAGUAUAUAACUUAGCAUGGUCAGAAACACGAAGGCCAUUAUCAUUACUAACAUGAUUCCUUUUAAAAUAGCACAUUUCUCUUAAAGUUAAAGCGCCAUAAUGAGAGCUAAAACUAAAAUAAAACAAACAGUGCAAAAGUAAUUUUUUAAAAAGUAUAAUUUUUUUAACACAGAGCUCUACAAACUAUAUUUACAGAAAACAUGUUUAAGUACUACUCAGUUGGUGAGAUAGUGUAUACUGCAAUAUGCAUAUGUUUGUAACCUGAAUUAUCUUCCAACUUCUGAGGUGUUUCUUAUCCGAGGCUCAACUGUAUUGAUGAGAAAGAUGUUUAAUUUGCUGUGUCACAGUGGGAGAUAGAUUUCCCUUGUCAUUUUUCAGAGCUUAUCUGCAUAUAUAUUUGUCUAUCGUCAUAUUUUAUUUAAGUGUAGCACAUAUUAUAUAAAGGUCCAUUUAAGAGAGGACAAAUCAAUCAUAUGAAAUCAGAGGGUGAGCAUUCAAAGCAGUGUGAAAUCUAUGAUAGGAAAUGCUUUGAAAUAUGGUUCAAGGCUAAAGAACCACAUACUAAAAUAUGAUGAUGGAAAUAAACAGUUUAGGCAGGCAUCUUCAAUUUCCACCUCUACACCUCAUCUUCGUCUAUCAAAGUAACAAAGAUUUGGGUAUGACCAUUUUUACAUGCAAUGCCAAUAGUUAUUGUUUAAAUGGUAACAUACUAUUCUGAAAUGAUAUUGUACUAUUUUGGGAGUUCCAGGGUGACCAGGUCUGUAGCGAGUUGCACAGUGAUUUAUUGGCCAAAACACAAGUACAAGUGCCAAAACUGAAGAUUUAAACUUAAAUCGAGAAGAGUGUGGUUGAAUAAAGUUUUCUACAGAAGUGAUAUUCAUAGUGUUGUUAGUCAUGGAGAGGCUGCUAGGGCAGAUAAAAAGAUAUAUAUUUUUUUCUAAAAGAACAACACUUAUAAAUGUAAAGAUACCCUAGUUCUAAGGUAGGGCAGAUUAAUUGAAUUUACAUUGAUUUCAAUGGGAAAAAAUUAUUUCAGUUAGUGAAUAUUUUGGUGUAAGAGCUGAGUAACAGAACAAAUUAAGUUCACUAACUGAGGUUCCACUGUAUUAAAAUAAAUGUGUUUGAAGUAUGAGAGACUAAGAUUUUAAAAUUAUUUAUAAAAGUAAUUUUUAUUUUUUUGUUUUCAAAAUCAGUUUUUGAUCCGAGUAUUGAAGACUCUGAAGCGUACCUGGAGAUUCAUGCAGAAUAUAUAAAGUUGGUAUGUAAUUUUAUCACUGUAGUUGUGAGUCAUAUAUUUUUGUAUUAUUAUUUGACUUUCACCUAUUUAAAAUUAUUUCUUUAAGGCAAUUUUUGAAUGAUGAAUAGGUUUAAUUGGAUAAAAUUCAGCAAUAUUAUCAGACAGUUUUGCAUUUACCUUUUGUAAAAAAAAAAUACAGAAGAUGACCCAAUUUUUGAAAUGUUUUACCUUUCCAAACCUGUUCAAUCUUUAAUUACACAUUUACUUUUUUUUUUUUUUUUUUUUUUUAUUUUUUUUAUUUUUUUUUUUUUUUUUUUUUUUUUUUUUUUUAUUUUUUUUUUUUUUUUUUUUUUUUUUUUUUUUUUUUAAUCUCAUGACAUUUUAUUAAUUCUUACUUAAAUAUAUUCAUCCAACUUUAAAUGAAAAUUGUAUCAUAAUAGAUAGUCUAACCAUCUUUAUGAUAAAUAUGCUUUGUGCAAUAAGACUUUAUUUGUGUCCAUGAUGUUUAAGUGUAUAAAGAGAUUUAUUUUUUUUGGUAUCCUUUUUUGUAUUUCAGAAAUUUAUUAGGUUUGGUUGAGGUUUUUUGUUUUUGUUUUUUUUGGUGAGGAUGUGUUUUUUGUUAGGGUAUUCUUCUUCAUUGAUGCUUUUUAAUAAUAAUUAAUCAUUUGGGAAAAAUAACAAAUUUGGAACAAAAAUUAAAUUAAAAGGUAUUUAAUUGGCUUUAUGGUUUUCUUGGUGUAUUAAUGUUUGGAAAUGGUUAUUAAUUCUCUGAUCAUCUUUAACUCAUUCACAUUAAAUUAUAUCAGACAUAUUUUGGUGAUGCUUUGAUGAUUAAUAAUACAUUUAUUAUAGCAUAACAGAUGUUCAAAAUUCCAUUUUCAACUACUGCAUGCAUGCCAGAAAGUUGCACUUUAAUGCAAUACUUUAUCAAGAUACACGGCUUAGAAAAGUAUGUAAGUUUAUUGCAUAGCGUGAACCCUGCAAUAAGAAUCUCCCCAGUAGUAAACUCUCCUCGCUUCUUGCUACGGUAGGACUGACAGGCUAAUCAAUAAGAACAUUGGCUAUUUGCUGGCUUUAACAGGGCUCAUCAUUGUUCCAUCAAUGGCCAUUGACCAAUGCGGCAUUCACUGUUCUCUCCAGUUGGCCAAAUUUAGCUCUCUCAGACAAGUGUCCAAUAAUCCAGCUGGGAUUGAAAAGAUGGUUAGAAAGGUUUAGAUGGUCUUGAUAAUGAGUAGAUUAAUUUUAAUUAUCUUUUAUUCAUAGCUCUCUUAUAUAGUAAUUCCCCUUUCCCUAAAAAAAAAAGUUAGGUGCCUAUAUUGUGCCUUGAUGUUUUUAUUACAAUUUGUUAUUAUUUACUGGAGCGACUGACAAUAAUUUGCUUUAAUUCAAUAUUUUUUUAAAUGACCAAAUUAUGCUGUGAUAUCUAAAGUAAAAUACACACCACAGAAUUAUGUGAGCAGCAGUUUUGGUCUAACACCUACAUUUGUACAAUGGGCCUUGGUUUCUCAACUUCUGUUUCUAACAAUAACAAAGAGUGCUUCCUGUUCUGAACUUUGGCUACAUUGCCAUUAUUGAAAUCUUCAAAAACAUGAGUUUUAUUUUAAUUUAUCUGUUGUUUAAUACUGUAUUGUCUGCUGAAGAUUGCACCUAGCCAAAAUGUCUGUUUAAUUACUGUGUCCUUUUUUUUCAAGCUUCAGCAUAUCUUGUUAUUCUAUUUAUUUACUUUACCCAGCAUGAACGCAGCUCCCUAUUUAUAUAUUAUGAAGUAUUACUGCGUAAAAUCAAAUUUAUUUAUUUCUAUGUUGCAUUACUAUUUUCAUAUUUUUAUAACGUUUUACAAGUUAAAAUCAAAUGAAUGAGUUUGUUAGUGAGAUUAUCUUUAGAGAUUAAAGCAAGUUAAUCUUCUUUUGUCUAAUAUGUUUUGUCGAAUGUGGAAGAUAAAUUAACUGAAAUUAGUUUAGUACCACUCAUUAUUAAAUAAACAAAUAGAACUAUAAACUAUGUUUAUUUAGGUACCAUCGGUAAGACCCAUAUAAACAUCAAUAUCACUCAAAUGUAUGUCACUGCUUUUAAAACCAAGCUGCCUACUUUCAUUAUCUUUUCAUUAUUUUUAGCUUUCUUUCUUUUUAUGUUUUCUUUCAAUCAUAAAUAUUAGGUGGAUCUUCUGCUGGAAGGUUUUAGAACUGACACAGGCUUAUCCCAUGACCAGAUCAUCCAAGCUAUGAAAGAACUGAGUUCAAAGCCUGACCUUAGGGAUGUUUUCCAGGUGAGGACUUUUACAACACAUGUCCCACUUUUUUUUUUUUUACAGAUCUUUAGGUUGCAGAGCAAUACAUUUUUUGUAUAUCUUAUUGGCUUCUUAAAAUACAAUAUUCUCAAAUGUGCCUAUCACAGAGCAAGUAGCAAUGGCCAGUAUGUUAAAAUUGACUUGCUUGCAACUAGUAUUAGUUUUGUCUAUAAAAAAAACUAAAAAAUAACAAAUAAAAUAUCUGCUUAAACAUAGGAGCAUAAAUUAAUACCUAGUUCCUCAAAUCAAAGAAUGUAAAGGAGAAAGUUAUUCUCAUGGGAUGGAUAAUGGCCAUAACUUUCUCAGCAGAGUCCUUUUAUUGGCUUUAGAAGCAGUGAUUUCUUGAACAUAAAAAUUCACAACAGCUUGAAAUUCAUGUAUUCCAAUAAUUCCUUACUUAUUCCUUCUACCUGAAAAUAUUUUUUUUUUAAAUUAUUUAAUUUUGUAAGUUGUGUUACUUCAUUAUAGAUAUGUAGGUCACUGGUUAAUUUAUUAAAUUUUUUUAAAUUUAUAAUGCAAAAACAAAAAGGAUAGCUUAGUAUAGGCAUUCUCAAAUCUAGUCAUGAUGCUCAUUGUUGAUCUUUUUCUUUUUUUUCUGUCUUGCUCCAACAUUUUUAACCACCAGGUUCUCUUUGAACAAGUUUUAGCCACAGUGGAUUAUAGGAUCUUUGUGCGAAUCAUGGCACAGAAAAAUCUUGAACUUCAGCAACAGGCUCUGCUGCUCAUUUCUCAGAUGCUGGGUGGAAGUUUGCCUGAAAGUUUACUAAAGGAUGCACCAGGGGACGUACAGUGGUCUAAGAGCCAACACCAUUCCAAAGACGAGGAUCAAAUCUUGUUGGCUGUUUUAGCGUGAGUUGGUCAACACACCCCCACAUAUGUGACAAACAUUUUAUGUUCAUAUGUACUUAAAACUGAUCCAUCCACCUUGAAACUGGCAUUUCUAAUAAUGAUUAGUAUUAAGGCGUUUCUUUUAGAGUACUUUCUGUGUGAGGAAGAUGAGAUACACAUUAUUUUGAUCGGUGGUUAAAUUAGAUUGAUAUGGAAAAACCAUGAAAGAACAUGUGACCCCACUUUCCAUGUGCUAUUAUUAAGGUAGCCCCUCAGUUUUGAUGUCCAAAGCACAUGUUAGCCUUCCCACCACAUUUGUCUCUUAGCCCAUCAUAGCCUAAUGUAUAUAUUAUUUUGCCCUCUCCAAAGGCGUUUUUCAGGUUGCUGCUGUAGCAUUAAGUGUUAUGGCUUAGUUAUUGAAAGAGUUUGCAUAAUCAAGUAUAUAAUUGACUAUCUAGUUCAGCAAUUCUCAAAUUUAAUUUUAACAAAUAGAAAUAUGUAUGCUUUGGUCCCAAGUCUACAAUAUCUAUAUUUUUUUAAAGAGAAAAUUUAAGUAAUAAAAAAAUUCUAAAACUUACAGAGCCCUCAUAUGAACCGGCUGGUUUGUAUAUUUUGUUUGUUUAAGCUGCUCAUAAACUUUUUACCUUGGUUGUUGCUGUGGAAAUAAACAUCUUCAAGCAGUGUUUUAAUUUCAUUGUGAAUUUCUGUAAUGUUUUGGUUUAUUUCAUUCAGACAAUCAAAAGAAGAAUAUGAAAGAGAGAAAAAGAAAACUAAUGAUGAGCAAGAAGAACUUAGAAUAAUAAUUGGGAUAUCGCAGUCUGAGAGUGCAAGACUCGAACAGUCAAUGAAAGUUGAGCAGGAGAAAUUGAAUGAGGUAAAUAUCAUUUACACCACGAACAUCUGAUUGCAUAAUCCAUUUGUUGUUUUUUUUCAUUUUCUAUAGUCCUAUAAUAAAAUUAAGACUAAUAUAUUGUGAUGCACUGGUUUUUGUUGGGUUUUUUUCAGACUCUUCAAAAAUCCCUAACUUUGAAUGAUGAGCCACAAACUACAGGGAAAACAUUAUCCUCAAAACCUACCUUGUCUAAGUCAGCAUCAAUACCACCCCCAGCUUCAUAUCAACCAAAGCGACAGUCAUCAGUAAUAAUCAAAAUUUUUAUAACUCUUGUAAAUAAUUAACCCAAGUUUAGGAGUGUAUAACACAGCAGUUUUAAUCUAGGGCAAAUUGAUAACUUCUUAACAUAAAUUUGGUAAAAGCAGACAAUUGGUGCCAUGUUUUUUCCUCAUGGCCGCCAUCUUUUUUGCCAUGGUUGAGGAAAAAAAGUGGUGCAAACACAGGUGUGAUAAAAAAAAAGAAAGAGGAUGGGAGCAAUUUUAGUAGAAUAAUUUUUUUUUAAUUUUUUUAAAUCAGUUAAAUUAAUUAUUAGUAUUUUUUAAAAAAUUAUUUCAAUCAAAAUGUAAAAUAAAAUAAAAUUUGAAAAAUAUUUGGAAGAAGCGAACAAAUUACAAAUAAAAGUGUUAAAAAUUAGCACAAAAAAAAACAAUCAAAUUUAAAGAAAUAAUAUGAGCCGAUACAUAAUUUUUGUGAUGAACGGCUGCCAUCCCUAAACCUAACUUGAAACAUAAAUCUAUCCCUAAACCUAACCUGAACCCUUAACCUAUCCUUAAACCUAACCUGAACCCUUAAUCUAUCCCUAACCUGAACCCGAGCGCUAAACCUAACCCUAAAACUAACCCUAAACCGCUGAACCUCAAGUCCUAAGUAAAAAACAUGUUUGUGGCCACACUUUUACAGUUACACACUUUUUAAGAAAGCUGUAAAAAUGAAGAAAAACAAUAAAAAAUAAUUGUAAAAUAAUGAAAAACCAACUUAGUUUCUUGGAAUACACUUUAAUACAUUUUACUUCAAGUUCCACCAAGCAAAAAAAUCAAAUAAUUGUAAGAAAAUCAAUAAAAUACAUGAAUAUGAUAUGAAACCCAUUUUCCAAAAAUGAAGCAAUGACGUAACGUUAUUUUUAUCACUCCUUUAUCUAUAUCCGUUAAUUUACCAGAUAUAAAAAAUAAUUUCUCUUCUUUUCAUUUAACAUUUCCAACCCUCUUAAAUUUUCAAAAGCUUAGAAUAACAUUAAAAGCAGAAAGGCAAGUAAUUAUUAACCUAAAAUUUAAAAUUUAUUUUAAUAUCCGUUAAUUAUUCACAUGAACUUUUUUAGCAGCACUUUAAUGUUGAAAUAUUCCUUUGCUGCCACUUCUUCCAAUGAAUAAGCGUACAUUUUUCAACAAUUCAAUUAAAAUGUAAUGUGUAUUUUAUUUUAUAGAAUUUCAUUUAAUAUUGCCAUUUAUCUGAAAAUAAACUCAGAAAAUAAACAAAAAAACAAUAUUUUUCUAAAGAUUCAUUUGGCCUAUUAAUACUAAUACAUAAAAAAUAACACUACAAAAAUAAACAAAGGGGGGUGAAUUCUAAACAAAAUCUUAACUAAACAUCCAAAUGACAUCAUGGCACCAAUUCUCUGCAUUGACCCCACAGAAAAAUCACAAGUUGUCAUGGUCUGAAAAUAUAGUCAUAUUUUCAAAAUUAUUUGCAUUUUUCAAGAUUCAGCAAAAUUGCAUUUAUUAAAAUUAAGAAUUUGCAUCAAAUAAAUAUUAUAAGAACCUAAGAUAUAUUCAACAAAAUACUUUCUCAAAGUUUUCUUAUUAAUCUUUGCAGCUCUCAUUGUUGACUAAUCCACCAAAAUUUUUAAUGCUCUAAUAUUUACACCUACUAAUACACAUUAUUUAUUUCAGACUACUACAGCUCCUAAACAGAUUGUGGCAGACCAUCAUCUUGGUGCAAAGGAUUCUGGGAGUGCAGUUUCAAGUGCUGAUGCUGCUGCUUCAUGGAUGAAAUCUGCAGAGACAGAGAUGAAUUCCUCUGAUGCACAUUCCAAGGCUGUUCAAGCUGCAGCAGUGAGCAAUCAUUUUAGUGUGCAUUCAGCUUUUUAAAUUACUAAUUAAAUUUAAAGAUUUUUCACAUAAAGUACUCUUUAAAAAAAAAAAUUGGUGCUUUAGACAUAGUUUGGUUUAAUCCCUACAUGUAAUGCAUUUAAUUUUUUAUCACACAAAUUAUCCAGACUAGCAAAUUUCUGCAUAGCUAUUCUUCACCACUUCUGCCUUAAAAAAUAUACAGUUGCUAUUCGUGCUUAACCCUCUUGAGACGGCUGGGCAAAUCUAUCAGCUUAGUGUUAUGGUGAAAAAUAUGACAGACUGAUCCAUCUGCCAAAUAAUAAAAGCCUUGAAAUUAGAAGGCUGGUCUUCAUACCAGCUAAUCGGAUUUCUUCUCGCAUUUCUUGCUAAUUUUGCCAUUUUCAUGGUGGCUUUCAUUGAUAGUUUACAGUUUUCUGUCAUUUUAUAUUAUUUUCUUUGUACCUAGUGACCCAAUUAAUGCUUUAAAAAUAUGUGACUUUGAACAAAGGGCAAAUGCUGCCCUAAGGGAAUAUUUUAUGAAUCUCAUUAAAAUAUGGGUUAGGACUUAUUUAGGCUUCAACAAUCAUACAUUUUUUUUUAAAUUCUGCAGGUAAGACAUGUUUCCUCUAAGAGUAAACAAAAUUGUAUGCAUAAAUUAUGCAAAUCAGAAUAUCUCCUUUGCAUAAAUGUUAAGAUUUCAGUUUAUAAAGCAGACACUUUAUGGCUGGAUUUUUUAUGUCUCAUUACAAGUUGUAAUCCUUUCUUUCACCAUUCAGGCAGGUAUGGCAGGCAUGUCUGGAGAGGAAUACAAACGAAGGGUUGAAUUUUUACGCCAGCAACGAGAUAAAUUAAUGGAAAUGAAACGUAAAGAGAGGGAAAAGCAGCUGCUCUCUGCUGAAAAGUCUCAACCUCAACGACCGGCAUCAGCAAGGGCUGCCAAGGUGGCUUUGAAACAAGGUCAUGGUAAUGGGGGACCUGAAAAAAGUCCUGAAGAUGAGAAAAAACUAGCAAUGAGAAGAGCGAUAGCUGACAGAAUCAAGUCUGAGCUGAUGGGUAAGAAGUAAUUAGAAACUCCCCAGUGAUUUCUAAUUGGUCACAGCAUUGCACCAUUCUUCCAAAUAAGUUUUUUUGCUACCACUCCUGCCACUAUGAGUUCCAAUGCUUUUUGUGCAUAUAUGUUGUUUUACCUACAG